AUGUGGAAAGGCGCAUUGACCGAGGCCCUGGCAAAGUACAAUACAGACCGCUCGAUAUUAUUCUAUGCUUUGGCCACACUAGCGAGAGAUCCAGCCCCUAUACCGCGUGUACGCUACGUCGUUCAUCGUGGUUUUGUUAAUGAUGCAUGUCCCGAGGGUGAAGAGUGUGAUUGUCUUUUAACAACAACGGACCUGCGAUCUGCGAAAGCAGAGCAAAUCCUAGAGGCAUCAGAUGCGCCUGUGGAAAUUGCAUGGUACAUCGCACCGGAGCGUAGACAGAGGCACCGCUUUCCGGACCACAAACUGCAGGGCAAGACAUCGAAACUCGACUGGGAUCGUGAGCGCGUGCGUGUAUGGAAUAGCCUCAGUGAGACAAUGCAGAGUGCUUUUUACGGCCCACCACCAGGCCAGCCCUCUGCCCAGGUCAAAGACAUGUCAAGCAAUAUGAUGGCCAAUAAUACAAAUGAAACGCUACCUGAAAAUUUUGCGCUUGUCGUCAUCGACCCAAAAGAGGUUGACAUGUUGGAUUUGCAGCAUGCUCGUCGUACAAUUUUUGUGCGGCAAGAGAAGCGUACAUGGACAAGCUCUGAAGUAGCGCCAUAG